GUUGGAUACACCAGUUGGAUACAUUAGUUGGAUGCACCAGUUGGAUACACCAGUUGGAUACAUUAGUUGGAUACACCAGUUGGAUACACCAGUUGGAUACACCAGUUGGAUACAUCAGUUGGAUACAUCAGUUGGAUGCACCAGUUGGAUACAUUAGUUGGAUGCACCAGUUGGAUACAUUAGUUGGAUGCACCAGUUGGAAACACCAGUUGGAUACACCAUUGGAUACACUAGUUAGAAACACCAGUUGGAAACACCAUUUGGACUCACCAGUUGGAAACACCAGUUGGAUUCACCAUUUGGAAUCACCAGUUGGAUACACCAGUUGGAAACACCAGUUGGAAACACCAGUUGGAAACACCAGUUUAAUAAAUUAAUGAAUGUGCCGGAAAUUCAAACAAUUUCUCUGUGAAGCAAUUAUGUGUGCUUACCAUCCCAUUGUAUAACAUUGAGUGGAUGCGUCCUGUCUAUAUCGUGAUUGUAGGUUCGGAAAAAAUAUUAAUACUCCAACUACGGCUCAUAACUCACUGAAAAAUAACCACUUUUAUUGUGCAUGAAUUUGAAAUCAACAAAAGACUAAUUUGUUUCUUUGUAACUGCCAAAGGUCAGAGCUGUUUCAUCGCCGUGACUCUGAAAUCCUUUUUUAAAAAAAAUUAAAUCUCUUGUUAAUCAGGAGGGGAAAUUUGAUAUUUUAAAAAUAUAGUGAAUUCCAUAGUUGAGCUCAGCUAGAAAGUCAAAAUGGCCGAACACUGUCUCGUUUACCUUCUGCUGCACGUCAUUUGCAUUCUGGUCAGUCCGAUUCCCGGAUGUCAUUCCCGCAGUUGUGAUAAAAUAAACGCGGCUUUUACUGUCGGGGACGACAACGCCACCUACAUUCUGAGCGGGACACAGUUCAUCAAGUACAGCUUUGUCCACGACAGCGAGGAAACGGUCGGGGGACUCUCAAAACUUGGGCUGUCCCCGGGACUGGUGAAACCGGAUGCCGCGUUCACGAUGAACGGGGCUGUUCAUAUUUUGAAACGUUGUGAGAUCUUCAGGUAAACCGCGUGGUGGCCGAUCUAUUAACCCUACGGUUUAUAGGGCCGAUAAUUGUAUAACUAAUAGCUACUCUCUCUCUCUCAUGCCCAGUUCACACGAUCAAAUUUUCGUCUAAUUUUCAAUCAUACAUUUGAUUCUAUUUUUGUAUGGAGCCUUCUCACAACUUACAAAUUACCAUUUGAUCAAAUUCUCAUUUCUGUCCAAAGAAUUCACGCACAAAAUAGUGCGUUCAUACAAAAAUUAUUGGACGCAAAUAUGAUCGUGUGAACCGAGCAUUAUUCUCUGCGGACACACUAGAGACAACUCAAUGGUUCAAAGCACUGAGCAUUUGUAUUUUAUUUUCGUUUUAAGAAAUUAUGAUGAAGUCAUUGUAUGGGGGUUGUAUUUCCAGAUAUCGAAUGUCGGGGGAGGCCACCUUUGUGAAAGAAGGGGAAACAACCACGCACUCUCUCGGUCUCCCGUGUGACGUUGAUGCGGCAAUCAGUUGGGCGGGGCAUGUCUUGGCUUUUAAAGGUAUUCAUCGUGUACUUCCGGUCAUCGUUCACUUCCGGUCAUCGUUUACUUCCGGUCAUCGUUUACUUCCGGUCCAGUACACCUGGCCGUCGGGAGGUUAAAGACGACUUUAAGUGGCAGCAUAAAAUUCUCCAUGUCAAAGAAAUGACGCCGUUAAACAUAUUAUUUACGUUUUCAGGCUGCAAUAUUUGGAAAUACGACGUCAGCACACACCAGUUUGAACCGGAAGGUCCCGUGGAGAAGCGCGGCUUGCCGUGCAACCUAGACGCCGCGGUGCAGUGGAAAUCGUCCGGCGCCAUCUUCGUCAGAGGGGCGCAAUUUUGGAAGUUCGACACCGUGAUGCGGGGGCCCUUUCACACCGACGAGCUAAAUAUCUGCUCGUGGUACCUGUGCGGCGAGGCUGACUGGAUGAGAGAGAAGCGCGUGGGGAAUAUGUCGUGCAACGGAGACGAGAGGUUAGACUCUAUGUCAAUACAAUAUCUUUUUUUAUUUUAAAAAUAUGUAAGAGUCUAUAUCUGAUUUAAGGCUAGAUUGUUGUUUUGGGGAUUUCGUGGCUUAAACCUGGAAUGGAGAACAUAUGAACACGGAAUAGGGGGAAAACUGGAAAGACGACAAACAAAAUUGCAAAAAAAAAAGAAAAAAAAUGGAGAAUGUAUCUGAUGCUGUGUGAAGUCGGAGGGAAAAUUCUGCAGAGCUUGGUCGCAGUACUCCACUUUGUGAAUUUUAAUUUUUAAAUCGGGAAUAAAGCGAACAAAUAACCUACAUUUAUCAUAUAGAUAUUAUGUAAAUAUCGUACACAAAUCAUACAGAUAUCAUGUACCAUAUAAAUAUUAUAAAGAUGUCAUACACAUAACAUACACAUAUUUUAUACAACUAUCACACACACAUCAUAUGAAUUUUGUACAAAUAUAACAUAAAUAUCAUACAAUAAUGAGAGUUUCAACAGCUUGAAAUGUAAUGAAGAAGACAUCUCUUGGUGAAAGUCUGAUUGGCUAAGACAAAAUGUUGACAAAAUUACCGUUCGAAAUUGCUCUGACCUCCAUGUCUUUUUCGAGAAUUCAUACCUUUAUUUGUCAGUAGUAAUAAAUGUGUUUUUUCGACACAAAAUCAAAGAAAAUCAAAUAGUGUUUCCCCUUUUAUUUCUUUAUCGGUUGGACAUACUGAGUGAGACCUCGUUUUAGACAAUCCUUCAGAGAUUAUCGCCCAUAUAGAAGAGUCGCAUUCACAACAAUUUAGAGCGUUUUUAACAUUCAAAACAUUUUUUUUUUUUUUUUUAAUCUUGAUUUUCAUGGAUUUAAUUGUUCUUUUUUUAUUCAACCCCAAAAUUUUUUAAUAUAUUUUUUUUUAAAUUAACAUUCACAACAAUUUAGAGCGUUUUUAACAUUCAAAACAUUUUUUUUUUUUUUUUAAAUCUAGAUUUUCAUGGAUUUAAUUGUACUUUAAUAAUCCAACCCAAAAAUUGUUUAAUAUAUUUUUUUUUAAAUUAACAAUCUGGCGUCAAUAUUUCAUUAUGCAAAAAUAAGUAAAUCAAGUCUAGCACAAGGGAAUACAGUAGCAAAUGUAUCAGUGCAAUGCAUUCCUAUACCAAUCUAUAUGGGGCGCUAUGCCGGGAUGUCGUUUGUGCUUUAUUUCCUCAGCCAAAAAGGACCGUUCUUAAUUUUGUUAAAAAAUAUGUUUUUGCUGCAUACACUUAUUUUCUUGUCAGCAGAGUAAAUAAAAGGAAAUUUUGUUGAAUUCCAAGCCGCUAUUUUAUCCACUAGACUGUGCCCGCUGAGGCUGGACCAGGUAACGAUGGCUGGACUACACAAUGCAGGCUCUGGUUACGAUGAGGUCGGGUUUGGUUUCCUCAAUUGUUGGCUACAGAACCACGCCUUGUCCAUCAACAAGCAAAUGAAACUUGGUUUGUAUUUGAUAAUGUAAAAAAAAAAAGGGGGGGGGGUUGAAUGGCCGAGUAGUUAGCGCCUCGCUGCUUGUUUUCCCCAGGAGAAUGACCAGGUAACGAUGGCUGGACUACACAAUGCGGGGUCUGGUUACGAUGAGGUCGGGUUUGGUUUCCUCAAUUGUUGGCUACAGAACCACGCCUUGUCCAUAAAAAAGCAAAUGAAACUUGGUUUGUAUUUGAUAAUGUAAAAAAAAAAAAGGGGGGGGGGUUGAAUGGCCGAGUAGUUAGCGCCUCGCUGCUUGUUUUCCCCAGGAGCAUGCCAGAUUUAUUGCGAUUCUAUGCAAUUUUUUUUGUUUAAAUGUGGAGGUUUGUUUGUUUGUUGACACUGAUCUAAACUCAAGGGUCGGGCUUGGUGAUGCGCUGCGCAGGAGAAGCCAAUUCCUCAGAGGGGGUGGAGAAGAAAUAUAAUCGAUUUUACUUUAAUAUACUGAUCUCAAUUUGAACUUGUGCCAGGCCCUUGACGUCACGACAUUGGUAAAUUAAUAGAAAGUUGAGUGUGAGCGCGGGACGUUGGUACAACACCAGACAGUUUAAUACAUGAUGUUGGACGUUGGUACAACACUAAACAGUUUAAUAUGUGAUGUGAGACAUUGGUACAACACUAGACAGUUUAAUAUAUGAUGUGAGACGUUGGUACAACACCAGACCGUCCAUUACGUGUGUGACGUUGGUACAACAUUAGACAGUCCAAUAUGUGUGCGACGUUGGUACAACACUAGAAUAUGCUAAUUGCUCUAAACUCUAAACGGUGUAAAAAUCCCGUAUACACUAAUUUAAACCAACUGUUUAUAAAUCUGGGGGGGGGGGUGAAGAAAAAAAUUAUAAUCUGAUAGCAGUUGCUCGAGGACCUAACCUCAGUCACAACAGUUUGAGUAGACAUGCUGUCCUAGAUUGGACAGCUCAGUCGGUACAGUUUAAAUGGACAGGCUGUCCUAGAUUGGACAGCUCAGUCGGCACAGUUUAAGUAGACGGGCUGUCCUAGAUUGGACAGCUCAGUCGGCACAGUUUAAGUAGACGGGCUGUCCUAGAUUGGACAUCUCGGUGCAAGGUCAUAGAGGACUGAAAGUGCAUAUGGUAUAAGAUUAAAAACCGAGUGGCAGACGGCUUGUCAGGUAGACCGAAACUGGGUGAAUCGAUAACGUAGAGCUGGAUGUACAUUAUUAACUGGUAGUCUGUACUGUCAGUGGCGUAGGAAGGGGGAAGGGGGGGGGAGCCACGCGGUCCAGCCUAGGUGACAAUUUUUUCCCCUUCAAAGGGGUGGGUUGCAUUUUUGACCGUCGAGUACAACGAAAAGAAAGAGAUCUUAGGGAGCUAAAUAAGCUUGGCAUAAUUUUAUUUUAACAUCAAUUAUUACCCAUUAUUUUGAGAUACUGGAAGUUUUGAAAGCGUUGGUUUUAUUCCAAUCAGUGUAAUUAGCUUUUCAUUCCGACCCAGUUAAAUAGAAAUAAAGGGAGGGGGGGGGAGAUAAUGAACAAAUCAAUUCUUCGUCUAACAGGAUAGCCAAUCAGAUGUCGGUAUUAUUUUGAGAGAUAUUUUCUUUUGAUGACGUAGAGUGACAUGAAAUAACAAGCUAAAUGGAGGCCUGUGUGACAGAUGUAAUAAUAUUCGGUAACACUAAAACAACAACAACAACAACGACAACAACAACAACAACAACAACAACAACAACAGAAGAAUGCUUUAGCCCAGGUGUAGCCAACCUUUUUAGCUGGCGGGCCAAAUUUGAGAAAUAAUAUUUCCUGCCGGACCACGAACCUAAUUUUGUUAGUUAAUUAAAGUCAACAAGUAAGCGUGCUACACUUUCGACCACAUCGUCACUUGCCAGCAGGUGAGAUCGUGGUCAAAUGCUUGCCGGGCUUAAUGUAACAAAAAAAUACAACAAAUUGAUUUUUUUUUUAAUUUUGUAAAAAAAAAUAAAACAUAACUGAGAAUCAAACUUAUUUAUAGACAAUUUAAAAAUAUUUCAAAGUGAGACACCUGACUUCGUCUUGCAGUCUGCAGAACUAAGUGCAUCAAAAUUGACCUCGUCUGAUGUUGUCGCUACACGCAAACAGUUCUCCAAAUGAACAUCAGUCAUUCGUGUUCUCACUUGUGAUCCGAUGUGCUUCAUAGGACUUAAAAGCUGUUCACACGCAUACGUAUUUCCAAAUAGCGAAACCGUCGAAAGAGCAUGUUUGUAAAACCCAGGAUAUUUAUUCUUGUCCAAAUACGUUUUGUAAAGCUCUCCCAAAACCAUCUUGGUGGAUUUUCUUCUUUAACUGUGUAUCACAACGCAUCUCAGUGUUCCAUUUGUAAUCUUUCCGGUAAUAAAUUCACGUCUAUCGCGAAUGGUGUUGUAAAUGCACACAAAAAAAUCACAUGAUGUUGGUUUUUUUUUUUUAAUCCAUAAAUCGGUUUUCAAAUUCGAGGUUUAAGUCAGAUGUCAAAGAGUCAGCGUAUUUACCCACCGCAUCCUGUGUGCACGUCUGGUUAUAAUGACAAUGUUGGAAAGUGAGUCAAGUUUUUGUCCUCAACUGUUGUUCCCAAAGACCAAGUUUCAUUUGAAAUGCAGAAAUAUGAUCAUACAUCUUAUUAAUUGCUCUUCAUCUUGUAGAAGAGUAUUGAUGUCAUUUAGGUGGCAAGUUCUAUCGACCAGAAAUGCAAAGUCACAAACCCACUCAAACUCUUGAACACUUAGUGACUUGCUUGCAAAGAAUUAUUGUAUUCCUUGCUGCAAAUCAAACACUCUUUUCAACAUUUCGGCACGGGUCAGCCAUCUUACAUCUGCAUCAAAUGUAACGUCAUUAUAAUCUGAGUCCAAAGACUUUAGAAAUUCUUGGAACUGACGGUGAUUCCACCCGUUCGACUUAAUGAAGCUCACUAUUUUGACGAAUAUUAUCAUGACACGGUCCAUUUUGAGGGACUUCGAGCAUAAAUUCUUAUAUGAAUAAUGCAAUCAAAAUUUAGCAUUGAAGUAUUACCGACUUUGGAGGCUUCAUUUUCAAUCAAUUUGACUAAACCUUCAUGUUUCCCAUCCAUUGCUGGAGCACCAUCCUUUGUUAAGUCAAAUACUUUGUUAAGACUUAAACUUCAUGUUUCCCAUCCAUUGCUGGAGCACCAUCCUUUGUUAAGCGCUACAAGUUGUUAAGUUGUAAAUUUCGAUGUAACUUUUGCCUCUGACAAAGCUCGUGGCUUAGUAGUUAAGUGGAUAGAGUGCCACUUACUCUUCUGUCUUUUUUUAAAAUGGACAUCAACACCCCUGAUAAAAUUUGCCGGUCGGACAGUAUCUGCCAUAUCUGCGUGCUUUCAUCAAUAAAAUAUAAACUGGGAUGCUCGACCCUUCAAAUUAUCUUCAAUAUAUUUUCCAAUGUCGUCCACACGCCUUAUAGUAUUAGCCUGACCAGACAGACUUAUGCUUGAGAAAUCCUUCUUCUUCUCUGGAAACAGAAUUUCAACGACGCUCUCCAAACAUUCUUUAACAAUUUCACCAUCUGAAUAAUGUGGCUUCGAUUAUUUUUUUUUCCUUAUAGUAUCAUGACUAUUGCAUAACUAGCUUUUACACAGCAUGUUGACUCUGCUCUACUCGAGCAGAUUCAUUUAGUUUUGCAGAAUUUUGUGUUUAAAGUCAUUUACUUGGUCUUGUCGAACUUGCCCUUUGUACUUAUCAAAGUUAUUCGCAUGUUUGGUCUCAUAGUGUCGUUUGCUGUUAUACUCUUUCAAAAAAAAAGUAAACAGAUUCAUUGCAUAUCAAGCAUAUGGGUUUUGCUUUAUAAAAAUAGUUUAUAGUCAACCUGUCUUGAAAAUUUAUUAGUCUUCUGUGAUUCUUCUCUUCUUUGGUCCAACGUCUUUACUAGUUGACGUUAUGGUAGGCCUUCGUUUUUAACUGAAAAAAAAAAAAAAAAACACGGGUAUACUAAUUAAUAAUAAUGAAUUAAUUUAAAUUACAUAAAUAAAGCGUUUUGAGGUUUACUUGCCUUUAAUAUCGAUAUGGUAGACAGGAAACUUGGUUAAAGUAGUUUGAAAUCUUAUUAUAAAUAAUAUGAUGAAUAUGUAUUUUAACGCCGAUCGCAAACUCUCCCCAGACGCAGUGGCGAUAGUAGAACGAAACUUACAGAAUAGCACGGAAUUUCGUCAAGCUGUAUACUGCAAGUCGUUAUGAGUAUGAGCCCGAUAGCGUUGCGAGCUUCCCGAACACGUCGAAGACCACAGAACAUAUAUUAUAUCAGAAGUUGAAUUCUCAUAUUAAAUUUUAUCAACAGCUAACGUCGGAGAAAAAAAAACUAAGUAACCUUGAGUCUCAAAUAGCGGGACAUUUGAAAUAGCUAAAAUCCUUUAUGAUUUUUACCCGGAAAUGCGUUUUGUUUAAAAUAGCUCAAAAUCAAUGCAUGUUCCCAAAAUUUGCGAGAUAGUUCAAAUUUCUCUUAGCUAUAAUAUAAAAAUAUAUGUUUUGAACGACUCAAGAUGUAAUGUUCAAAAACUCUGUUUAAAAAUGUACUAAGAGUUGUUUUUUAAAAAAUGAGAAAUUCAACUUUCAGAUGGCCCGGUUUGUAUAUAGAGAUAAUUUAUUUAGGCCCGGUCCAUAGGUGGGGAUAGUUUAUUGUAGUUGGCCCCGUCAAUAAAUAGUGAUAGUUUAUUGUAGUUGGCCCCGUCAAUAAAUAGUGAUAGUUUAUUGUAGUUGGCCCCGUCAGUAAAUAGUGAUAGUUUAUUGUAGUGGGCCCGGUCCAUGGAGAGUUAAUGAUUAUUGUGUUAUGAAUACAAGUAUUGCAGCUCUGUGAUUUAUUUUCAUGUAUUGCAGCUGUGUUAUGUAUUCAUGUAUUACAGCUCUGUGUUAUGUUGUCAUGUAAUGGAAUCGAAAUCCGUGUUUUCAUUUACAUCUUAUGUCUUAACCACUUUACACACACUAAAACAGUCAGAUGGAAAAAACCAAAAAAAACAAACAAACAAAAAAGACCACUAAUCUCAGGUAUACGUCACCUUGACAUUGAUCCCUGCUACGACACGUGCGGUCUGCUGGGCACGUGCCACAGUUUCGUCUGCGGCGGAAGCAUCUGCCCCAUCAUCAAACAAGUCAGAAGCUUCCUGCGGGACAACAAGGACGAGGUCGUCACCAUCAACUUCAACCAUGAAAUUGUCAACCCUGAGAAAGUCUUCCAAGGACUGAACCGACAACUCCAGGUUUGUAUCUGUUGACUGGGAGUUUUUUUUUUUUUUUUAAAAAGACUUUCUCUCUACUCGCAUUUCUAUCAUGUUUGGUUGUUUGUCGUACUUUUUUAGUUGACACACGCGACACUUUCGUUCAGUCGAUUGAGUCGUUGUCGUGCAGUGAUCACCAGGUGAACAGGAUUGGCGGGUUGACACGUUCGCUCAAACUAUGGUUGACAGCGUCUGUUUUGUUGAGUAAACGGGUGGGUAGGGGAGCUCAGAUCUACUUUUUAGUUAUAUGCCUAGAUAUAGAGUUAAGCCAUUUAUAACGGGAUUUUGUAAGCAUUCGUUGUUUAAAAAAAAAAAGUAAAUGAUUUUAAUUUUGUAGGUAAUUUAAAUAUUGCAAUUUUAAUACUAAAAAAAUAGAAAAUAUUUUUUGAAAAACUUUAAAAAAAUUAUUUUUGAUCAAAAACAAGUUUAAAGACAUUAAAAGUGAGAAAAUAAUGUAACAUUUCUUAAAAUACACCACGCAAACAAAGUAUGUGUAGUAAAUAUUUUUUUUAAAAAUAAUUUAAAAACAUUUUUACAUUUUUUUCUGCAAUUUGAAUCCUUUUUUGAGAGCUCAACUACACUUCUCCACAGUAUUUCUUUGCGCAAUGCAGUUUAAGAAAUUUUAAAUCAUUUUCUACAUUUUUGUUAUGUUAUUGUGCUAGGUAUCUUUUAAACAUCUUGCCAUUUUCGUCUCUUUAUAACUGAAUAUCGUGGCAUUUAGGCCUCUUUAUAAAUCAAUAUCGUGCCAUUAGGCCUCUUUAUAACUGAAUAUCAUGCCAUUUAGACGUCUUUAUAACUGAAUAUCGAAAAAAUAAGACAAAUUCAAACUUUUAGAGAAAUAUUUUAAAACUAGUUUUAGCUCGCCAAACAUUGGCGACAGCAAUGUGUGAACGUCCCAUCUACUAAAGUUACUUUACAAAACAUAAACUCAAGUGACGCACAUUUAAGAAGAGCAAUAUUUGCCACAUCCUUCCCCCAUGAUACAUCACUGCACACUUUUUAUUUCACAACAAAAUCAAAUUAUAAUUUAAUUCAUUUUAUUAAUUAUUUAAAAAACCAAUGAUUCAUGUAGCAAAAGUCUCUUUAUUAAAUAAAUAACUCCAUUACUAACACACCCUUAUUGACCACGCCAUCGCUGCUGCUGCUGCUAAAACAUAACACCAUUAACAUCGCCAUUAUGCAUAAACAAAAUAUGCGUCACAAAAUACAAAGCAUAUAGCAAGCGCUACGAAAAUAAUCUCGGUGCAUAUACGCUGAGGAGGAAGCAACUGGAAAUGGUAGCAGUCACACCAGAAACGUAAAAUAUCUAAGAGAUAAUUUAAAAAUAAAGACCUAUCGCGUUCAUGACUGCAGAAGUGGGUACGCUAGAAGAGAGCGGCUGGUGAGCUAUUCAAAUAUUGUCAAACUAAGAUACUGUUACAACAAAACGGUAUUCAUUUAUUAGUGCCCGGGUUAAGCUUCUAUGUCUAGAACGCUCAUAAGAUGAAAUUUUAAUUUCAAGUAAUUUGACCACCCACGAUAUUUAUUAGCUCGUCUGGAAAACGGCGAUUUAUAUACAUAUAUAUAUAUAUAUAAUUAGCAUAGAGAAAAUACAGAAAUAUCGCGUGACUUUUGUACCCCCUCCUCCUGCCACUUGACAGUUUUGUGACCUCUGCUCUUUUCAACAUCGCAACUUUGGGCCUCAUAUGUCCACGUCCACCCCCCCCCCCAAACCCCCACCCCUAAAAAAAUAUAAUUUUUUUUUAAAAAUUGCUUUCCAGAAAAUAACCACACUUUUAAAUACCCCCUCCUCCUGCCACUUGACAGUUUUGUGACCUCUGCUCUUUUCAACAUCGCAACUUUGGGCCUCAUAUGUCCACGUCCACCCCCCCCCCAAACCCCCACCCCUAAAAAAAUAUAAUUUUUUUUUAAAAAUUGCUUUCCAGAAAAUAACCACACUUUUAAUAUCCACAGUUGAUUUUUUAAAGCUUCUUUCUUCGUGUGUUUUCUUUAAAAAUCCUUCCUUUGCAGACACAAAUGGGGCCUCUCCUGAACAAAAAGUUCAGACAGUCUCGGGAGAAGAAAUGGCCGACUCUAGGGCAGAGCAUCAGGGCCAACAAGCGAGUAUUUGUCUUCUACGCCCCUGUGAUCGAGUCGUCCCCCCACAACAAGCUCUACCAGCGGUACAAGUGGAUCCACAGCGAGAACUUCUACGGUAGCACCUGGCGGCCAUUCUCUGUCCAUUACGGCUGUGACGAGGUCAGUUGUGACUGUGUACACAGGUCAGUUGUGACUGUGUACACAGGUCAGUUGUGACUGUGUACACAGGUCAGUUGUGACUGUGUACACAGGUCAGUUGUGGCUGUGUACACAGGUCAGUUGUGACUGUGUACACAGGUCAGUUGUGGCUGUGUACACAGGUCAGUUGCGACUGUGUACACAGGUCAGUUGUGACUGUGUACACAGGUCAGUUGUGGCUGUGUACACAGGUCAGUUGUGGCUGUGUACACAGGUCAGUUGCGACUGUGUACACAGUGGACAAGCUAGGGUUUAUGUCGCCGGGGCGGGCCACAAUUUUUCCACGAAAAAAAAAAUUUGGUACAAAUGAUGAAAAAAAAAAAGAAGAGGAAAUUGUCCCCCCGGGCGACACAGGUCAGUUGUGGCUGUGUACACAGGUCAGGUGCGACUGUGUAAACAGGGGACAAGCUAGGGUUUAUGUCGCCGGGGCGGGCCACAAUUUUUCCACGAAAAAAAAAUUUGGUACAAAUGAUGAAAAAAAAAAAGAAGAGGAAAUUGUCCCCCCGGGCGGACCGGCCAUUUCUACAUUCCCCUUUCCUACGUCACCGAGUGGGCAUCUUUCAUUUGCUUGUAAUUUGUGAUUUCUAAAUCCCACAAAAUUUCAGAUUGCUUUUUUUUUUUUUUUUUUUUUUUUUUUUUUUUUUUUUUUUUUUUUUUUUUUUUUUUUUUUUUUUUUUUUUUUUUUUUUUUUUUUUUUUUUUUUUUUUUUAAUAUGAUACAGUGGACAUUAAAAUAUCAAAUAAUUAUUAACCUCCUUUUUUCAUUUUAGAUUCUUUCUCCGAAAAUCAAGCGCGCCAAUUAUACAAUCUUGAUUGUAGGAAGUAAACGGCAGCAACCAUAUUAUUUAUAAUUCCCGCUAAUUUCCUCUUGACUUCCGACGACGUGCCGGUGUAUACACACCAAAACACUCCCAUAAAGUUAAGGUGUAAAACCAGCAAAAGAUCGAACCAACAAGAUAGCAACUAUUAUCAAUAAAAUCAACACAUAUCUUAGCCAUGUAUACGUUAAAGUCGAUAAGUUUUGGAUAAACCAAACUUUGAUAAAUUGAAAUGCACGGAUUUUUGUAAGUUGUUGAAAGAUGGACAACGCUCGUGUGAAUCAAACCAAAAGGGGGAAUUGAAGGGAUAGUAUUUAAGUAUAGAAAUCCGGCAUUUGACUUUUGAUAUGUAAAAAUCUCCAUCCAUGACGAGGAUAUCCAUAAUUUCAGGUGGUCAAUCUGACAGCGGCCCGGUGCGAGGUGAGAAAGUCGAGGGAGCUCGUGGAGGUGUCCAUCAUCCCCGAGAAAGGUGGCUGCAUUGACAACAUGGCUGAGAAGUGUCGCCCGUUCCUGCACCAGGCUCUCAGGGCGUGCGAGGGGUUUAGAUUUGAGUAAGUCUCCUACGAGUACAGUAGCAACGGACAAAGUAGCAAAGUUCAAUAAUCAAUACAUAUUGUGAGUUUGUUCCAUUUACUAUUAGAUAUUUUAUAUAACCAAUGGCGAGUGAAAAUCUGAAGGGGAAAUUUUAAAAACAAACAAUUUCAUUGGUAGAAAUGCUGCAGGCAUUGAUUUAUAUUCGCGAAGUUUCCAACUUAAAUAAAUGCGUUGAAAAGCCGGGGAUUGGAGCUGGGGCGUCAUUUCAGGGUUUUUUUCAAGGGGGAUUGGGGGGGGGGCAAAACUAAAAAUUUGUCAGCUCGUUAAGUUAUUUAUUACUGGAGGUGCCACAGUACAUAGGACUUUAAAUCAAACCUGCAAAUUCAGAGAGGGGGGGGGGAGACAAAUGGCCCAACCUGCCCUACCCAAACGGCGUCCCUGGAUUGGACACCUGGAUACAUUUCGCCGGAGAUGAAAAUUCAAAUAAUACUAAUCCAAUUUCUUAAAUAAAUUUUGGUCGGAUAGGAUUAACAUUUAUCAAUGGCCAUCAUGUCUUAACCCCCACACUGUGACGCUGUAUGGGCUUUUAUCUAUUAGGCGAAACGAUUCCCCCAACGUCUUGCUCGUGGACUACCCAGAAGUCGACAGUGGCGCCACGUCGUCAGUGUUCCACGCUGUCUACCACCAGAAUGUACGAAACAUUCACAAACACCGAUCACAAUCAUGCCGUGUAAGUGUUUCUGUUUACAAUUACCGUUCACGCUUGUAGGUUUCGUGUAGAAAUGUUGCAUGCAAAAUAUGUGUGUUUAUAAAAUGGAAUUUUAAAAAAAAUAUUUAAAAAAAGAACAGGUUUAGAAAAAGCAUUUCUUGCACCCGAAUUUCCUUUUCUAACAUGUGCACUAUUUUCAGGACUCACUUCAAUUACGAUAAACUGUUUUGAAUUCAGUACAAAUUCAGUGGCAUAUUGCAUUAUUAUUUUGCAUUAUGCCCAAAUGUUUUUUGGUGUAGCACUUCACUGUAAAGCUAUCUGUCCUUAACGUUACCAUCAGUAGUGUAAGGUCCAAAUUUUCGCACAGGAAAACUGUUCAGGGUUCUAAACUCCACAGAUGCUUGAAAAAUCGGGGGCCGAAAUUAACUGCCAAAAAAGAGCAGAGCAUAUGCCACGUAUACUAGUGGCGCAGCCAAGGUUAAUGCCACCUGGGGUGGGCCAAGCCUUUUGCUGCACCCCCCCCCCUUUUCCAUGUAAAAAAACAACAAAAAACCUAUGCAGUUGGUUGCAAGUAGCACGCCUCAAAAUAAAGAAAAAGUGACCCGGGGCUGACCACUUCGUACAUUUAAAAUGUCUGUCUGUCGUACGUGAUCCUUGAACAGAUCUUAGCUUUGUUACUUACAUCAGAGCCGUUGCUUGACUUGGGGGGGGGGGGCGCCACCUGCCACUUUCUGGUUUUGUUCCCCCUGCAUUCAAAGUUGAUAGUUUUUUUAUUUUUUUUUUCAAAUCCCUAAGUUUGGUCCCUUUAGUUUCCGAGCGCCUCACCCCCCCCCCCCCCUUUUCCAAAAAAAAACAACAAACAAACCCGGCAGCUGAAGCGACGGUUCUGAUUAAUAUAAAUAACCUUCAAAAAAUUAAUUUAACAAAAACAAAAAAAAAGAACAAAAACAAAGGGUCGAGGGAUGAGGCGAAGAAAAACGAAAAUUUUUAUUGGGGUUUAUGCACUGGCCUCGGAAUAUGGGGGUGGAUAGUUGGGUCUGCAGUGAGGGAAGGGGUGGCGGGGGGCACAACUUUGUCGGGCUCCAUUUUUCAGUCUACUGCAUAAACUAUUUAUGGCUUAUUUCUGUGUGUGUAUUCUGUACUCGGUGGCCUUUUGGGGAAUUAGGGGGUGACGAAAGUUAAUACCACCCCGAGGCGUUGCAAACUCUUGCUAACGCAACUGGGGUUAUUUUUUUUACAUUUUAGUUUAUAUUUACCAGUUAGUGUUGUUGGUGUACUGACUGGCGUUUUGUCUGUGUCCAAUUUUUCUUGUUUACAGACACGAAACUGGUCGCAUGUGAAAGAUUGAUUUUUGUUUAAUUCUUUAUAUAGAUGUUAUAUAUAUAUAUAUACAUAUAUAUAUAUAUAUAUAUAUUUAUUUAUUUAUUUAUAUAUAUAUAUAUAUAUUUCCCAGGUCAAGGUCAAUGCAGCUGUGAGGGUCUCCCAAGAGGAAACGCUCUUUUUUAUUGGAAAGAAAAUAAUUGUUUACAGUCACAGUAGACGCGCUCAAGUGGGCGUGAGGUCAGUCCAACAUUACUAGUUCCGUGCUGAAAAAACAACUGAGAUAUCAUGUUUAUUCAUAUGCCUGUGUUUCUUUGUCAUUACUAAACCAGCCUUCAAUACCACUGCACUCCAAAUUUAUUUAAUUUUUUUAAAGAGAAUUACACGACUUUAAAUGGCACACGUCCCGGAAAUAUAGUUUGUUGAUGAUGAUAAUGACCGGGUGUCUCGAAAAGGACCCAAGCCCUAACCCUAGCUCUGGCCAAAACCCUAGCUCUGGCCCUAACCCUGGCUCUAGCCCUGGCCCUAACCCUGGCCCUAACUUUGUCCCUAGCCCUGGCCUUUGCCCAGCCCUAGCCAAGGAAAAGGUUGCAACCGGGGCAAUGACUGAAUGUUCAGACUGCCUUGCCAAAAAGGUAUGCUUGUAUUGAAGAUUGUUCAUAAAUGAUGACACGUGAUUAAAAUGACUAGGGCCUAAGCUACCCCCCCCCCCCCCAAAAAAAACAAAACAACGUAUAGCGCAGUGGCGUAGCUAGGGUCAUCUGCGCCCGGGGACAUGACACAAAGUCUGCGCCCCUUCUCGGACCGACUGAGUCUGUGGGCUCAGUUGAGCCCCCCCCCCCCCCCCCCACGAAAAAAAAAAUUUUUUUUUGAAAUUGUACGGUUUAUAUGGUUCAUUUUCGAAGUAUCUGGUAUUUUAAUGAAAUAGAAUACAGACUAAUAAUUCUCUAUACGAUUGUAAACAAUUUAUUUGAAGAAAAAAAAUACUCUACUAAUUAUAUAUGACUGGAAUAGACAUAGUCUACAACAAAUUGAUCCUCCUUGAUUUGACUGUCGCAAACUCGUCAAUCACGUUGUCAAAAUCAAUAUUCUCAAGUGCUUCUCUUUCGAUGCUAAGAAGUGCAAGAUCACUCAGACGAUCUUGUCCCAUUGAAGCACGUAAAUAAGACAGAAUAAGCUUCAGUUUGCUGAAGGACCGUUCACAGCUUGCAAUUGAAAACAGCAAUUGUUAGAAGUAUUUGCAUGCGCAGUGAAAUGCGCAGAUUCGGAAAUACGUCAUGUCCAUAUACAGUUCGGGUAGUGAGCACCAUUUCGCAGUCUCCGAUUUCUGUGCACAAUUCGGGACCAUUGACGUCAAUGUCGUAGAAAUUUCCAAAAUCUAAGAAAUUUUGACGAAGUGUAUCGACAUUUGUAACAGUGAGAAGAGAUUUGCGUCUAGUAAAAAUUCAAAUUUGGUGUUUAGCUUUUUUUAGACGUAAAAACCGUAUUGAUAUCUCCUGUUCAUAACACGUGCAGUUUGUUCGUCUGCAGAAAGUCCUGCAUCUCUUGCUAAUUCGCCAGGCAUCCUUCGAUGUCGUCUAAUCCUUCUGUCAACCUCGAUUCCCCAAUUGUCCAUUUUGUUUUUCCAUUAUCUACCGCAACCUGGCUCAAAUAAUCACGAAUGUUGACAAGUUCUUGCUCCAGCGAUUCAAGAUCAGAUGCUGAUUCCUUGAAAUUCAUAGUAGGAUCCUGCAACCGUUUCUGAACACGAUCAAUUUUCCCAAGUAUGAUGUUCCAGAAAUGUAACAAAACUAGGAAAUUAAAUUUUAAACACCUGCCAGCAAAGUUUCUGCAUCAGUUCUGGUUUCAGGCGUCAUUAGUUGCAUCUUCUGAUAAUUUUUCCAACAGCCCUACUAGUUCAUCUGGUCCUUCAUAAAUAGCUUUAACAGCUUCUGAUCGUGCACUCAAUCGUGUUUCAGACUCCCUCUUCACUGUGAUUGGCACAACUCUUUUAAUUCUUCCCAACGAGUUGUUGAACGAUAGAAAAACAAAUACCUACUUUCAGCUGUUCCAAAAAAGGUGAUAACAACUUAACUGGAUCCUGUUUAGCUGAGUGUACUCUUGCUAAGUUUAAGCUGUGGUUGUCACAGUUGACAAUCAAUGCUCUGUGAUUUCUGGCACAUAUUCGCUGUUGAAGGCCGGAUAUAUGCCCGGUCAUUACAGCAGCAUUGAUAUAACAUUGUGAACGACAGUCGGCUAGAGGUAUGUUAUUAGAUUCCAGUUUCUCUACGAUAAAUCUUUCAAGGCUUGCUGCGUCUUUGGAAUGUAUCUGGGCAAAACCUAAAAAUGAUUCUUUGAUGGUUACAUUUUUAGUUUGAAAAUCCACAUCCACAAAUCUGAUGACUUGAGAAAGCUGUUCCCGGUGUCCUAGAUCGGGUGUUGAAUCAAGUAAGAUAGCGUAGUACUUUUUUUUUUCUGAUUUCUCUCAACAGCUGAUUCGUUCAGUCGAUGCAAGUAGGUGGAUAAAUUCAUUUUGGAUUUCCGGUGAUAGAUAAGAUACUGAACCUGGAUUUUUUUCGGGCAUGUUGUAGGUGUUUUUCUUACAGUGGAUCAUACUGAGCAACGAGUUUGAUCACAGAGAGAAAGUUUCCAACAUUUUUAUCCUCGUCCUUAUGCAGAUGUUCCUCAUGGCCACGCAGUGCCAAGCCAAAUUUUGUGAAACUAGAAACUUAAUACAGGUAAGUAUUCUUUUCAAAAUAUCGCUCCAGCGUUGUUUUUCCAAUUGAAUUUGAGCUUGGACCUGGACACCAAUUCCAGUUUUAUCAAUUAUCCUCCGCUCGGCUUCCUUCAAUGUAGUAAAAGCUCUGCGGUGGCCGAGACUGUUUUCAUAAGACUGUAGUUUUUAUGGCUUUCUCCAUUUGUUGAAACCAUUGGUUAACUCAAAUGAAGAUCGUGAGUUUGAACUUGAUGUAAACACUAGACAGCAGAAACAAUAAGCAGCUUUAGUAAUUGGUGAAUAUCAUAGCCACGAGCGAUUUACUUCCUCUCCAUUUGCUAGUCGGCGUUUAAACCAUGACGUAGUAAUCGAACGUUCCCCUGCUACUGACGAUAGACUGCCUCUAUGCUGAAAGGGUAUAGAUCCCUGAGUUAUCAAUUCAUCCCGAAGAGGCUGUGGUAUUAUCGAUAGCUUUGUCCUUUGAUCAAAUUCUAAGUAGCCAACAUCAUGAAAUCUUAGGACAGCUGGAACAAGAACAACACCAUAUUUCGCUUCUUCAUCAAAAGAAAAUUCUUCAGUCUCAUUGUCCUCGUCACUGUCCGAAAGUUCGUCGUCUUGUUGAAUCUGUUCUACAACGACGUCUCUGGUGUUUUUCUCAGCAUAAACAGUAGCAUCUGUCUGAAUCAUAUCUUCUUGUAUGUUGUAAUCCUGGCGGUAUGGUUCAACCUUAUCGCUUUCGUGUUCUAAGACUGGCGUUGCAGGCGAUUGAUAACUGCCGUCAAGUGAGAGAAAGCUGCAGAUUAUAUUCAACUAGACGAAUACUUGUUAUCUAUCUUUCUCUUUUCAACGUAUGUGAAUAUUAUUCUAUCUUCCUUGCACUCAGGUAAAAUCCUAUAUUCGACUAGAAAAUCAGAUGCCACUUUCAGUAUAUGAAGAAUAAUAUUUGAACCCGAACUGAUCUUUGUUUUUAAAAAAACGCCAUCAGCAAUCCUACAUUGUGGAUGUGUCAUUUGUUUAUGAGUAGAAUGGCGCCCCUUAAUGCUCAUUGGGGGCGCAAAAAUCAUGCUUGCCAACUGGUUUGUAAUGAAGAUAUCUGUGGAGCUCCAAAAUUCAAUCUUGCAAACGUAUUUGGGAGACAUUAGUUUACACCAAAAUAAAAUUAAAUAAUUCGUUUUAAUACUCAUUUUGGGGCCCCCUAACGUGGCGCCCGGGGACUUAAUAUGUCCCCCCUCCCCCCCCUAGCUACGCCACUGGUAUAGCGCGGCAUUGGCCACGAAACGACAUCACUCUACCACAGUGAUAACUACACUUCUCAAAAUAAGAAAUUACAAUUUCAAUACACAGUCAAUUUAAAUCACAAUCGUUACCUUAAAAAAAUUGAAACAAUCCCUAAAAAUAAAGUGGUUUUUUCCCCUGUCUAAGUCCGUUAUACGUAUUUUUAAUUGUUUUAUUUUAUUUAAUAUUCAAAUGUCACACCCGCUUUUACACCGCAGAUUUAAUGCACCAACUAUUUCAGAAAAACAAAAGAAAAUAUUACGCAGCAAACGCAUUUGCGAUUUUUUUUUUUUUUUUAAAGAGUCUCAUUCGGCGCAGUUAUUUCGUGAAUUCAUUGCCAACAUAUUUCUUUAUAAUUUUUUUAUUUUAUUUAAUAUUCAAAUGUCACACCCGCUUUUACACCGCAGAUUUAAUGCACCAACUAUUUCAUAAAAACAAAAGAAAAUAUUACGCAGCAAACGCAUUUGCGAUUUUUUUUUUUUUUUAAAGAGUCUCAUUCGGCGCAGUUAUUUCGUGAAAUCAAUGCCAACAUAUUUCUUUCAUCUUCCCCUUAAAACAGGAAAAGCGUAUUUUGGGGGUUAGGGUGGGGCUGAAAAUUUGAAAGAAAGUGUUGUCAUUGUCAACGAGUCUAUGUGCCAAGUUUCAGCUCGAUGGGUUGACGGGGAGGUGGGUCGAUUCGCCUUGAUAAGAUUUCGCCACCUAGCCAGAAAGAAACACACGGGAAAAACGUGAAGAUAAUAUAAAGGAUUUUUUUUUUAAAAAUGAAUAUCACUUCAGCGGCCUCGAACCACUCCACCGACAAAGGCGGAAGUAAUGUUUCGAAAUGGUGGAGGGGUGCGAUGAGUGUGGGGGGAAAAUUGUACGGGAGAGUUUGGUAUGACACAAAUUUUAAAAAAAAAAAAAACUAUUAGUACGGGUCAUGUAGCGUUAAAUGUGUGGUUGCAUGGGGAGUUAGUUCAGUGUGUGUCAACUUGACAGCACGACAAUGAAUAGGGCUACACAUUCGUGGAGUUCAAAGUUCAAACACAAAGCAAAGCCAUAAAAUCAAACCAACGCACAUUAUCUAUUCUUGAAGUUUCAUGACUCCUGACCUUCUCUUGGGUGGAGGGAAGUGGGGUGGUUAAUCUGAUGCAUCGGAAACAGUUGAUGUCCAUAAUUUUAAACAAAAAAAUUAAUUGCCCAGGCAUGUCAGUUCCGAAAGUUUCCAGCGAUUAUGCACUACAGCAGUGGCGGAGCUAGGGCUAGUGCCGCCCGGUGCGGGUCGAAAAAAAAAAACCUGUGCAUUUGACCGAAAAAAAAGCCGCCUCUCCAUAUAAAGAAACCCCCUUUCCUACGCCACUGCACACUAUCUUUUGGUUAUUGGCGGGUACCGAAAUAAAUCGAAAAUGAUCAUUGUUUUGAUAUGUAAAGGUAUGUAUGCACGGAUGCAACGAUGUGUUCAUUACGCGCACUAAAUAACAUUCCCAGAAGUUUGCACUAAGUUGUGCGUUUUAAUAAAGUGCGUUACUUGAAUGCUUGUUUUUGUCAAGUAGAUUUAGCUGCAUGGGAAGUUUACGCAUCGCUGCCACCAUUUUUUUUUUGCGGAAUGUUUCUAGUUAUAUAAUAAAGGUGUUGGUAUGACUAUAUUUAAAAUUAUUUUUUUUAUAAGCACGUUAUAGAUAUAAAUAAAAUAAAUUUUAACACAUAAUUUUUUUGUGAAAGAAAAAGUAGUAAAUUGUAAGAAUAAAUACCUGAUCUCGACGAUUUUAAAGGGGCCAUUUCUAGUUUUGUAUCCAUUUGUUGUGUCCAGGGAUGCGCCCGACCUGUACAACAUAGACGCAGCUUACGGGGUGCCAGAACGCAACGCUGUACGGAUCGUUAAAGGUAACGGCAUACGUCGUCUUAAUGAAACGGCUAAUCCCCUAUGGCAGGCCCGCACAACUCAAAAUGUAAGGCGGGCCGUAAUACUUUAUGAAAAACGUGUGCGGACCAAAGGAAAAUAAAACAGGACUUGUGCGGGCCAAAACAAAAUAGGUCAGGAGGAAAGCUAUUAAGAAAAUAAUAAGAAUAAAGAGCAUUUCGAUACUUCGCGGGCCACAAAGUCGGUGCUGGCGGGCCGCAUGUGGCCCGCGGGCGGUAUGUUGUGCAGGCCUGCCAUAGUGAUAUAAAAGAGAUUCUUCUAUGACACAUAAAUAACGAUUUUCUUGAAAUGUGACCUUUUCAAUUCAUAUUGUCCCCCUAGCCCCGGGUGCUUCAAUGUUACGAUUUAAUCUCCUCAUGGAUACAAUCAUAUUAAGUGAUCUAUUUGACACGAUACAACGUCUGAUGUCUAGUUUUAUGCUGCAUGGCGUUGUCAAUUUUUGUUAUUUGUUUACGUGAGUCACCAGGGUUGUCAACUUCAAAAGUAAAAUAAAAUUGACAAACAAAUAUAAAGAUCUUAAAAAAUUUUAAGGGAAAACAUCUAUUUUCUCCAAUUUUUUUUUUCAAACAUUAAAUAUAUUCCUUUAUUUAAAUAUGGAGCUUAAAAAACCCAUUGAAACAUCCUUAACGUAUGUCUCUAUCUCAAUCAAGUACGGCCUACCUACAGUUUAAUCUCAGAGCCGCGGCUUGACUUUUCAAGGUUCCCUGCCAGUCUUUGUUAUUUACCUUUUUUUUUUUUUUUUUUCAAUUUAAAUACUUUUUUUUCCACAACCAAAGUUUUCACAACUUUAAAUAUAUUUUAUUUCCCUUCCCCCAAUUUUUNUGCCCAUUUUGUACGGACAAUCUUUCAAUUAUUAAGGACUUUUUUUCGGACAAGUCUUUUGUGUCAAAGUUUCGCGGGCUGGUCUUUCCUUUACGCCCGGUCGACUGACAAACCUGUGGAUCAUUGGCUUUUUUUUUUCUAAAAAAAUUCGGUUCUUCCAAGAAGUUUCGUAAUUAAUUUGAAUCAUUUACGAGAUAAUUUAAAAAAAAAAAAAAACAUAUAUAAAUGCAAAGAAUUCGGAAUGCCAAGGCUCACAAAGAAAAGAGUUGAGAGUCUUUUAUUUUUCUAUUGAAAUAUAGACUAAUGCUUAAUAUUGUUUUUAAAUUUUUUUAAAAAAUGAUUAUUAUCAGGCUAAUUUUGGUUGAAAAAAAAAAAAAACAUUUAUUGUAAUAAGGAUUCAUUCUUUAGGGUGUGAAACGUGGGAUGUGGAUGCGACUAGCUUGCUUCCCCUGUCAAGGGAGAGAAGAGCGCUCGUGACUUGUAACUUGGAUGCAGCGGUCGUUUGGCUUUCCCAACUUCAUACUUUUAAAGGUGAUUACAUCAUUCCGCAGUUGACAUGAUUAAAAUUAGUCAUUAGAUUAAGAAUAAGAGCCGACGGUUACAAAAUUUUUGGAUUUAACACUUCUGAAAUUUAAAAAAAUGUCCUGGUCACAAUGUUAUUCUAUGUAUACAUAUACUUUUUUAUUUAAAAAAACAUGAUCAUUGGAUGGAAGGAUGCAAUGUCACCACUGAAGGAUCUGACCCCACACCUCUCGUCAGCUGGGGGCUGCCCUGCCAACUGGACGCUGUCCUGCACUCUGAUGGGAAGCUAUUCGUGUUUAGGGACAACAGCUAUUGGAAAUAUACAGGAAAGGGGGUUGCUUCCCUUGAAGGACACACUUUAGACUGGACCAUCGACGCUGUCCAAUGUGGCAAUUCAAAUAUAUAGAUCGAUAGAUCAUGUCUUUUGAUUUUUUUUAAUGGUGGUGGUUGGGCCUCUCGGGAUUUACUCAUAACUGUUACACAAUAAACCAUCAGAUUUUAUUUACCGUGUUAGAAUUACUGAUAGAGUAGCCUAAGUUAGUUAAACUUUUGUCUAUUUAAUGUAGAUUACGGGUGGCCCACUUCAGUUAACAUUUUAUUUACCGCCGUGGCGCUCCACCCUGUUAUAAAAAUUACAAAAUUGCCAAAUAUAAUUAUAUAAAGAAAAUCUUCAUUCAGUACCCCCCCCCCCAAAUAAUACACCAGGGCUCUUAGCGGGCCAUACGGUUCACAAUGAGAACCACUGAACUAGACAGCAUCUGCUAAAUCUUCAACUUGGAUUUUUAAAAAACACACAAAAAAAUUAUUUACCGCCGUGGCGCUCCCCCCUGUUAUAAAAAUUACAAAAUUGCCAAAUAUAAUUAUAUAAAGAAAAACUUCAUUCAGUACCCCCCCCCCCCAAAUAAUACACCAGGGCUCUUAGAGGGCCAUACGGUUCACAAUGAGAACCACUGAACUAGACACCAUCUGGUAAAUCUUCAACUUUGAUUUUUAAAAAACACACAAAAAAAGUUACAAGGAAUGGGAAGUGCUGAGAAGGAUAUUGAAAUGUGUUUGCCAAGAAGGAUGUUGAAUUUUUCAAUCAUGUGUGCUGAAAAGGAUAUAGAAUGUGUCAAUCAUGUUUGCCAAGAAGGAUGUUGAAUUUUUCAAUCAUGUGUGCUGAAAAGGAUAUAGAAUGUGUCAAUCAUGUUGCCAAGAAGGAUAUUGAAUGUGUCAAUCAUGUUUGCUAAGAAGGAUAUUGAAUGUGUCUCAUGUUUACUGAGAGGGAUUUUGUAAUGUGUCAAUCAUGUUUGCUGGGGAUAUUGAAAUGUGUCAAUUAUGUCUUCUCUAAAAAAAA